AUCUAGCUAACUUUUUUUUUUUUUUUUUUUUUUUUUGGAGUGGCAAUGCUUGUGUCCAAUCUGGAGGAAAGGAGGUACUUUAUUACCAUGGAAAGUUCCCUAUCUCAAACAUAUAGAAAUGACCUAUGGGGUUCCUCCAAAGUUCAGUUCUUGGACAUUUCCUGUUUAGCCUGUAUGCUCCCUUGGGUAAAAUUUUCUAGAACUUUAAUUUCGUCAAUCAUAGCUAUGAAGAUGACAGUCAUAUUUAGCAGUGAGUACAGUUCAAUUGAGGUGCUGUGCUACUGUCUAAAGGAGAUUAAGAUGUCAUGUCACGGCAUUAUCCAAGCUGCUUAUCCUCACUCGGGUUGGAGGAAAGCUGGAGCAUAUCCCAGCUAGCUUCGGGCAAAAGGCAGACUACACCCUGAACACCAUGCAGUUGCAGGGCAGAUAUCGACAUCAUCACUGAGCAGGAAUCGAUCCCAAGCUUCCUGCAGCAAAGUCAGCUUCAUGGGCGAAGAAGACAAGAAUUUGUGCGGCCGAACACAGCGUCGAGAAGACGAACUGAAGGCAGAAACCGGCACGUCUGUGGAGUCAGAACGUCGCAGGAGAUAUGCGGAUCUGUUCCAGCAGCUCGACUUGAAUAAAGAUGGCAAGGUUGACGUCGGUGAACUGCGACUUGGACUGGGUGCUCGGGGUUUCCACCAGGGAAAGGCUGAAGAGAUAGUCUUGGAGAGUGACAUCAAUAAUGAUGGUUUGCUGGACUUCAAAGAGUUCUCCCAGUACCUACAGGCUCAUGAGAAGAGGCUAUGGCUCAUGUUCCACAAAUUGGAUCGGAACAAUGAUGGUAAAAUUGAUGUGGGUGAGAUCCAGUUCUUGCUGCACAAGCUUGGAGUUGAGGUCACCAAGGAGGAAGCCUCCAGAAUUCUGCAGAGCAUGGAGAGGGAUGGCAACAUGACCAUUGACUGGAAAGAAUGGCGAGAUCAUUUCCAGUUCAAUCCUUUCCACAACAUGGAGGAGAUUGUCCAAUACUGGAAGCACUCCCAUAUGUUUGACAUUGGGGAACAUUUGACGGUGCCAGAUGAGUUCUCAGAGAAGGAAAGGCGGUCCGGCCUGGUAUGGAGGCAGUUGGUUGCUGGCGCAAUGGCAGGUGCUGUGUCCAGGACAGGAACUGCUCCUUUGGAUCGCCUGAAAAUUUUCCUCCAGGUACACGGUUCUGUGUGCCAUGGGACCAAUCUGUGGUGGGGGCUGACAGGAAUGAUCCAAGAAGGAGGUGUCUUUUCUCUCUGGAGGGGAAAUGGCAUCAAUGUCCUCAAGAUUGCCCCAGAAUCUGCAUUUAUGGCCUAUGAACAGAUCAAGUGGCUGAUCCGUGGCAGCAGGGAGGGGGGAAGUUUGAGGGUACAAGAAAGAUUCCUUGCUGGCUCUUUGGCAGGAGCAACUGCCCAAACCAUAAUCUACCCCAUGGAGGUGCUUAAAACCGGUCUAACACUGAGGAAGACAGGGCAAUACUCAGGUAUGGCUGACUGUGCCAGAAAGAUUCUGAAAAGGGAGGGGGUCCGGGCUUUCUACAGAGGCUACCUGCCAAAUACAAUCGGCAUCAUCCCCUAUGCUGGUAUCGAUUUAGCUGUUUAUGAGACUCUAAAGAAUGCCUGGCUUCAGAAAUACUGUCUAGACUCUGCAGAUCCAAGUAUUCUCAUUCUGCUGGGCUGCGGCACAGUUUCUAGUACCUGUGGGCAGCUAGCGUCAUAUCCACUUGCUCUUAUUCGGACACGAAUGCAGGCGCAAGCCAGCACGGAGGGUAUUCCAAAACUGACCUUGGUGGGCCAGUUCAAAUACAUCUUAUCCAAUGAAGGUGUGUCUGGUCUGUAUCGUGGCAUCACACCCAACUUUCUCAAAGUCAUUCCUGCUGUUAGCAUCUCCUAUGUCGUAUAUGAGCACAUGAAAAGAUUCCUUGGGGUUGGAUAG